CGCACGCCCUCUUCAUUCGGAACCAAAAACCCUCUCGUAACGGCCUCUGUCUGCUACACCGCCCGAAUCCUGUCUCCGCCUUUACCUUCCGACUGGUAACAUACAACACCCCCCUUCGCGAUGGGAGCAGACAACGAAGCCUACCGCUCCACUGCAACAGCCCACAUCCGCGCACUCUCCGCCCUAUCCACGCGCCUCCCCCCAGUCCUCAACCACGCAGCCACCACUCUCUCGCAGCUCACUAACGCGCCGAUUCCCUCGUCCUCAUCCACAACGGACUCCCCGCAAGCCCGCCGCGACGCCAUCUCCUCGUCCGCAAAGGAGUACUUCGCCGCUGUGUUCGACAUCGCAAGCGAGCUGCACAAGCAAGUGGACGACCUGGAAGAGGCGGGCGUAAUUCCCUCGCAGGAAAUCAAAUACAUUGCACGCACAGUCAGGGAAGAGGACACGGGCUUUGGAUCGAAGGGCGGGGUGCUGGCGAUGGCGGGGAUGCCGCAGACGCAGCCCAAGGACAGCGAGGCGACGGUCACAAAUGGCGGGCUGGGUGAGUUCGACAUCGGGGUGCUGAAUGCGCGGGCUGGGAUCCGGGAGGGCGGGGAUGGUGAGGUGUUGGAGAAGGUGAAGAGGCUUGUUGAGGACUUGGAGCGCAGAUCGAAGGAGGGGGAGGAGGAUGACGGGAAGAUGGAUGAGACGUGAGGCGCACGACCACCACUAAUUGCAGCCUCAAGCAUUGCGAUGGCAACUGCGAGCCGAUCAACAGGUUUGUCGCAAAGCGGUCAUUCGCAGCACCAUAAUCUUCGGCACCCGUGGUGCGGUGUACAUGCACCCCGGCCUUUGACCGCAUUAUAGCAGUCUGAAACCCGCCCGACGGAAAGCUCCCGAACACUCGACACGAUCUUCGAAAUGAGUUUCAAGGCAGCAAGACGGUCAUCGAACUGGAAACGCACCGCCAAGACAGCCUCGUUAAGAUCCCACAGAGACAGCAUCGCAGAGAUACU